GAUCCUGAGAGAGUCAUGGAGACUAGCCCCAACGCAAGAUAUGCGAAGCUCAAUCAAGUACUGGGAAAAGGCGCAUACAAGGUCGUAUACAAGGCUAUCGACAGGGAGGAAGGCUACGAGGUUGCAUGGAACACUUGUCAGACCACAAAAGCGGAGUUCAUGGAGUUGAGCGAAGAGAUUGAGAUUCUGAAAAGAGUGCGCCAUCCCAACAUCAUUCAAUUCCACGAUUGCUGGUACAACAAUACGGAAUUCGUUUUCAUUACGGAGCUGAUGACGUCUGGAACGCUGCGAGAGUAUAUUCGGAAACUGCAAAUUCCAAAUAUGAAGAUUGUGAAGCGUUGGGCCCGGCAAAUAUUAAAGGGCCUGUCGUACCUUCAUUCUCACGAUCCGCCAAUCAUUCACCGGGAUAUCAAGUGCGAUAACAUCUUCAUCAAUGGGGCGCACGGGGAAGUGAAAAUCGGUGACAUGGGCACUGCCAAAAUGAAACUUGGGAAAAAGUAUACAGUGAUAGGAACACCCGAGUUCAUGGCACCGGAAAUGUACGAGGAGAAGGGUUAUAGCGAGAAAGUUGAUAUUUACGCUUUUGGGAUGGCACUUUUGGAGAUGGUUACCGGAGAAUACCCAUAUAAUGAGUGCAAAAAUGCGGCGCAGAUCUACAAGAAAGUCAGCCAGGGAAUAAAACCCGAAUGCCUUACACGAGUCAGUGAUCCGGAGGUCCUCGAUCUCAUAAAUAACUGCAUCGGCAACGAACAUGACCGUUUGAGCGCGCAAGAUAUAAUAGAGCACCCAUUCUUGGCCCUAGAGCCCGAGGUAGUGCUCAUCGCAACCGAGGACAAAACCCAUUUGACAAUGCAGGUCGUCUUCAAGGGAAUGGACCGGUUAUCCGUGAAGUUCGAGUUCAACGUUGAUACCGACACGGCCGAGGAAGUCGUCAAUGAAAUGAUUCAGGAACAAGUUCUACCAGCUCGAUAUCAGCAUCUCAUCACAGGGGAGAUUAAUCGCAUACUGCGAGAGAUGAACAAACCAGCCCCGGAAGAAGACAAAAACCGAGAGGAAUCUCGUCAACAAGGCUGGGCGACACGAAGUAAUAGCGUGCAAAACAACACACCAUCGCAGUCACAACCCCCGCCUUUAUCGUCGGACGGAUCGCAGCAGCAAUCAUCACAACAGCAGCAGUCUUUGUCACAACAACAGUCGUUAAGGCAUCCACCACCGCCGCAGCUCUCCCAUUCCCAGCAGAGUAUUCUGUUCCACCACACACAUCAAUCACCGCAAACACAAAAUCCUGGCGAGGACUCCAUCAGUUCGAAUAGCGAAGCAGGCUCCAUAUUGGCACGGAAAAUAUCGCUAAUGGACUCCCGGAGCAAUGAUGAGUUCGCUGACUUACCACAAAAAGGUGGGUCUGAGCAACAGCUGAAAGUUAGUCUACGAUCUGAGUAUACUGACGAUCGACCCAUCGAGGAACUGGUCAUGGAUACUGCGCUGGCAACGAAUCGGGGAACGGAUAAAGCAUACGAAUGGUUGGCGAAACUCAAAGACCAGGAUGUGAUGACAGUAGGCGAUCUGAGGGAGCUGCACGACGAAGACUGGGCUAGCUUAGGGUUGACUGUGUUCGCAAGCCGUGCGCUGAAGAACGUACUCUACGGCAAACCCGCGCGACCAUCGCAGAGUUCGGGGUCAUCCAACAUGCCCAACAGGGAUUCGUAGCCAAGUGAUUCGACACGCCUGAGACGGUCUCACCACGCCCCCUGAAACUCGCCGGCAGCAUAACCUUGGCGCCAAACAAUAGCUAAUACGUACAAACGCCAAGCUGUCAAAUCCCUAGAGUUUCACUGCACCGUACUCCGACCUUCGUCUCGGGGAGCAACAACAGACUCGACAAGUGCUUUCUACA